AUGCUGAUUAAUCAUCUCCGCCACUUUAUUCUGCUCGGCGUUUUCGCGCGUCGCUUCGCCGGAUCGGCAACAUCGACGACGUUCACGAACGACUCGCUCGUGAGAUCCGGGAGAGAUCUGGAAGACGUUGGAUUUAAUUACCUGGUGUUCCCGCAAGGCAGCAACGUUCAACUUGUAAACUGUCUAACCAUCACCACGCUUUCGAAGCCCCAAGGAAUGUUUACUAUUGGUGUUACCGCCGGGCUGGCGUGGGAACUACCCUAUAGAAAUACCGUGCUGUACGGGAAGCCAGCCGAAGUUUAUCAUCGUCGGAGCAGAAGAGAGCUGUACCGUAAAGUGGAGCUAAUGCUGAGAACCCAGGGAGAAGACGGUAAGGCCUGCGUGCUCAAGGCGAUCUGCAAGGCUGCCAGACGUAAGCGCGAGGAUGUCGGGAAGGGAAGCUUCCUCGAGGAGAUCCUACACGCUAUAUUCAGUCUGCCUGGAGGAUGGUACGACAUCGAUCCGAUGACCGAGUACGAGCGAACGUACCACUUGGGUGAGAAUUGCGACGAGGUGCACGCCAAGUGUCCAGGUGUCUUCUGA